GCUGUCUGAUUUUAAUCAUCUGCAUGUCAAUCACCUUAGCUGUUUACCUUGUAUUGAAUUUACAGCCAUUGAAUUUAUGCUACCAGUUGCCUUCAAAUUACUCCAACCAUGGCCUCACAAUUAAAAAAGAUUCCAGAUUCCUUACCACCACGACCAAAACCAAAUCAUGAAAAUCCAUACAGUAUUCCUUUCAAAGCGCAAGGACUACCACCUCAAGCUGCAGACAUGCUAUUUGCAAUGGAUCAAGGUCUAUAUUACUUAGCUUUAAGUAUUUUGAGAAUUGAUGGUCGAGGUAUUGAAUUCGAUAGGAGUGUCUUUAAAGAAUCGCGUUCACCCAUCGAAAACAUUGUCAACGUUCUAUUAUCUAUAUCGAAAGAGACCCUACGCCAUGCGAUCACUGGAAAGCUGCACAACUUCAUCGUCCAUUCCACUGCGGACUCAAAAUUACCUCGAAAUCAUCGAAUUCCUCUACCUGGUCCCGAAAAGUCACAAGAUCGACCAGUUGUUUAUUCAUUGGUACAUUCUGAUCAUCGAGGGAAUGCACCAACCAAGCUUGAAUACCUUGAAAUUCUGAAUACUAUGGAGAUUUAUAAUACGACAUAUUAUCGAGAGGACCAAUGGAUAGACGCCGACAAGUCAGCGCGUGAAAUCGAUUCCGUGAAUCCGAUGAUUGAGGAUAAAGAUUGGAAUGGCAAGAAUCGAGAUAAAACAAUGUUGAAGUGGAACAAUGCUGUACACCCAAGACGAUACAUCACUUCCACAAAUCGAGGACUCAUUACCAGGUUCAUUUCUAAAUUGCGAGAAAGAUUAGAGUCCAUUGAAGAUAUCGAGGAAGAUGAACCAUUGAAGUGGUCAUUGACUUAUACAGGUUGGACUCAACAAGAAGCUAGAAGAGCUUAUGAGCAUGGUAGACAUUAUGGUGGAAGUACCAUAGCAUACCUUCUGGAAGCUAUAAUGUGGUAUAAGUAUCCACGUAAGAGAUAUCUACUACGAAGUCUUACCAUAGCCAAUGUUGCGGACGUUGAAUCAAUUCGAUUUGCGGAGCAUGUCAUAUCAAUAUUGACAGGCUCAUAUUUUUCUUGUGGAGGUCUAUGUGGUACGAUUGGUGGGGAUAGAGCUAGUGAAACAAGAGCCAAUAACAAUUGUACAGAAGAGACAUGGAAGAACGGUACUAGAGGUCUACUCAAACAAAAUGUUUACGGACCAAAUAGAGAGGAGUUGGAGAGAGAUUUGUUGGAGAGAGAGCUUUUGGAGAUGUAUAAUGAAGAAGGCUCGGAAUUUCGAAUGGUGAAGGAACAAGAAGAAUUACUUGACCAGAGUAAAAAGGAUUUGCAAGAUUCUUGUGAAAUUGCACACGAAGCAAUAAACUUGUUGGCUACCAACAGAAUUACGCAAAUGGAAAAAUAUCUAGAUGUGAAUGAGGUCUUGACGGAGAUAGGUGCAUUAAAAGGACUUAAAGAGAGGACAAAUGCAUUAUUAGGGUUUGGGAAAACGUCGAAGAAUAACUGAAUGUUAUCAAUCCUUUUAAGAUUCAAUCUCUAGUUGAAUGUAUUUUGCUCUAAGCUUGCAGUUCAACUAUUUAAUAUCAAAAAUUUGAGCA